AUGGCACGUCCUCCAAAGAUCGCAAUAAUCUACUACUCCGCCUACGGCCACACAAAACUCCUCGCAGAAGCCGAAGCCCGAGGCAUCAAAGCCACAGGCGGCCAAGUCGAUAUUUGGCAAGUCCCCGAGACGCUUUCCGAAGAAGUUCUUGCCAAAAUGCACGCGCCUCCCAAAGAUUCCAACUAUCCGGUUCUUGACUCGCAGGAGAUUUUGGAGCAGUAUGAUGGCUUUCUCUUUGGGAUUCCGACAAGAUAUGGCACUUGGCCGGCACAGUGGAGAGCGCUGUGGGAUCAGACGGGAGGGUUGUGGUCGAGAGGCGCGUUGUGGGGGAAGUAUGCCGGUCUAUUCAUUUCCACAGCAGCUCCUGGCGGCGGACAAGAAUCGACGGCUAUCGCGGCGAUGAGUGCACUCGCACAUCACGGGAUGACUUACGUUCCGCUUGGCUUCAAGACUGUGUCUCAUAUUUUGUCUGACAUUUCGGAAGUUCGGGGUGGUUCUGCUUGGGGAGCGGGAACGUUCACUGCAGCUGAUGGUUCCCGCCAGCCUUCGGCAAAGGAGAUUGAGCUGGCUGAGGCGCAUGGCAAGCAGUUCUAUGAAGCUGUCGCACGAGUCAAUUUCGAGUAG